ACCUGCAUGGGCGAGCCGGGGGUCUAUCUGAAAACUUGGGGAGCAUAAGGUAGCCUUGAAGAUUGGAAAGCUUCAAAUUCGUGAUCAUUCUUUCGGUUCCGGGGCAUGCAAUUGAUUGCCCUUCAGCACGGCAAAUCAUAGCAAAUCACCAUGGCAUCAACAUCACAGUUCAUCGGGCUUGCAAAGUCGCUGCCCGCACCACUGCAGCGCUUCUUCGCCCGCUAUCCUCCCGCCGCCAUCCUCCCCGAAAACACCCCAAAGACCCGAUACCAGGAGGAGAGACCGAACCCUUUCCGCUUCUACAAGCACCCAGUGACAGGUAAAUGGCAGGACCCUGUCUACUCGCAGCGUCGCCAGGCUGAGCUGGUCAAGAUGGCCCGUGAGAACGGCGUCGAGGAUCUGCUGCCAGAAACACGUAAGGGCACUGAGUACAAGCUGGCUCACCGGGUUGAGCAUGGUCUGAGAGUCAAGGGUACUGGUGUGGGACAGAAGGUCAAGGGUCAUAUCCACGAACGACAUAUGAUUGCAAAGAUGGAGACAAGAAGAAAAGCCAUGUUGGAUAUGCCCAGUCUUAUCAAGCGCUGGAAGAGGGUAAGAUCAAAGAUUGACUGCCUUGAUCGUCCAAGGGAGCAUGUGUUGCUAACUACACUAACAGGUGGGCAAAUACGGUUGGACCAAGUUCCCCAAAUAAACAAGAAGAAGAGAGAUGGAAUGACUGCUUUGGCGCGCCCUGUACAUUCACCAUGUAUUUUUAUGUACAACAAUAUCAGCGACCGUCUUGUCAAAGAACGAUUGUGCACUCAAGAUCCAGCUUCCCUUUCGUAAAUUACAGGCCACCCAACUACCAUUGCGUGUGGAGGUUCUGGGACAUGAACUUCCUAUCUUCUACACCAACUAACAUUAAUAUGGCUCUCAUUUCUCC